GCCUGGUCCCUGGUCCUGCUCUGAGACUGCCCCUGCGCCAGGCUUCACCUUGCCUGUCGCCUGAGAGUCCCUUUCGGUCCAAGAUCUCAGCCAAAUCCGUCUGCCAUGGCCACGGCCGGCCUCUUGCACCAGGAGCUGUCCUGCCCGCUGUGCCUGCAGCUGUUCGACGCGCCCGUCACGGCCGAGUGCGGCCACAGCUUCUGCCGCGCCUGCCUGGGUCGCGUGGCUGGGGAGCCGGCGGCCGACGGCACGGUGCUCUGUCCCAGCUGCCAGGCGCCCACGCGGCCACAGGCGCUCAACACCAACCUGCAGCUGGCGCGCCUGGUGGAGGGGUUGGCGCAGGUGCCGCAGGGCCACUGCGAGGAGCACCUCGACCCUCUCAGCAUCUACUGCGAGCAGGACCGCGCGCUCGUGUGCGGCGUGUGCGCCUCCCUCGGCUCGCACCGCGGCCACCGCCUGCUGCCCGCCGCAGAGGCCCAUGCGCGCCUCAAGACCCAACUUCCACAGCAAAAGCUGCAGCUGCAGGAGGCCUGUGCGCGCAAGGAGAAGAGUGUGGCGGUACUGGAGAACCAGCUGACGGAGGUGGAGGAGACUGUUCGACAGUUCCAGGAGGCGGUGGCGGGGCAGCUGGACAAGAUGCGGGCGUUCCUGACUGCCCUGGAGGGCUCAUUGGACCGCGAGGCCGAGCGCGUGCGCACUGAGGCAGGGCUGGCCUUGCGGCGGGAACUGGGGGGCCUGAACUCUUACUUGGAGCAGCUGCGGCAGAUGGAGAAGGUUCUGGAGGAGGUGGCCGACAAGCCGCAGACCGAGUUCCUCAUGAAAUACUGCCUGGUGACCAGCAGGCUGCAGAAGAUCCUGGCAGAAUCACCGCCACCUGCCCGGCUGGACAUCCAGCUGCCCAUCAUCUCAGAUGACUUCAAAUUUCAGGUGUGGAGGAAGAUGUUCCGGGCUCUGAUGCCAGCACUGAGCGAGCUGACCCUGGAUCCCAGCACGGCCCACCCAAGUCUGGUGCUGUCCCCGUCAGGCCGGCGCGUGGAGUGCUCAGAGCAGAAGGCGCCGCCGGCCGGGGAGGACCCACGCCAGUUCGACAAGGCGGUGGCGGUGGUGACCCACCAGCAGCUCUCCGGGGGCGAGCAUUACUGGGAGGUGGAGGUGGGCGACAAGCCGCGCUGGGCCCUGGGUGUGAUCGCGGCGCAGGCCAGUCGCCGGGGCCGGCUGCACGCGGUGCCCUCGCAGGGGCUGUGGCUGCUGGGGCUGCGCGACGGCAAAGUCCUGGAGGCGCACGUGGAGGCCAAGGAGCCGCGCGCGCUGCGUCCCCGGGAGCGGCGGCCCACACGCGUCGGCGUCUACCUGAGCUUCAGCGACGGUGUCCUCGCCUUCUACGACGCCAGCGACGCUGACGCGCUGGAGCUGCUCUUCGCUUUCCACGAGCGCCUGCCCGGGCCGGUGUACCCCUUCUUCGACGUGUGCUGGCAUGACAAGGGCAAGAAUGCGCAGCCUCUGCAGCUUGUGGGGCCCGAGGGCCAGGAGGCCUGAGCAGGCGCAUUGUGGGCAGCGAU